AUGACUGAUUUUGCUCCCAUGAAAUUUAUUGCCCUUGUUUCUGGCGGAAAAGAUAGCAUCUUUAAUAUUCAUAAGUGUGUUGCAUAAGGCCACACUUUGGUUGCAAUUGCAAAUUUAUAUCCAGCAGAAAUUGGAAUGGAAAAAGAUAGCUACAUGUAUCAAUCUGUUGGUACAAAUAUGAUUGAUGCUAUUGGUGAAUGUUUAGGAGUUCCAGUUAUUAGAAAAUAACUUAAAGGAAAGCCUGUUGUCUUAGAUUUGGAAUACACAGGCACUAAUGAAGAAAAGAGUUAAGAUGAAGUUGAAGAUUUAUAUGAGAUUUUGAAAGAAGCUAAAGAAAAGUGGGACUUUAAAGGAGUUUCUUCAGGUGCAAUCGCCUCCACUUAUCAAAAACUAAGAGUUGAAGAUGUCUGCAAGAGAUUAGGGCUAGUUAGUUUAGCUUAUUUAUGGGGAAGAGACUAAUAAGAGUUACUUAAAGAAAUGGUUGAUUAAGGCAUGAACUCUAUUUUAAUAAAAGUUGCCUCAUUUGGUUUAGGAAAAGAUCACUUAGGAUUGUCAUUAAGAGAUAAUUACGACAAGAUUGUAGCAUUAAAUGCCAAAUUCCAUUUGAAUGUUUGUGGUGAAGGUGGAGAGUAUGAAUCUCUAACUUUAGAUUCUCCUCUUUAUAAAAAGAGAAUAAUUAUAAAAGAGUCAGAGGUUCACGUACAUUCAGAAGAUGAAUACGCUCCAGUUUACUAUCUUUUUAUUAAAAGUUAUGAAUUACAAGAUAAAUGA